AUGUCUAUCAUGAAUUCGCAAGGAGGACGGCGCUCGCCCAAAAGGCGGAAGCUCGGGCACGACUCUGAGCCCUCUGAUACUUCUAGUGGCUCAAGUGAUGCAGAAGCAUCUCAUGGCGGUGGCGACCGUACCAAAUCCGGCCAUCGGCAUCACUCAACUACGAAGAGCCACGUCAACAGGAUCGCUAGGUCAGGCCAGGUCACUGCCUCGAAGCCCACUGUUUUGCCCACUGGCGGCAUCAACAAAUCGGCCACCCUCUCGCUCCAGUUGUCCGACUUAUCUGCGGAAAUGACUCCGGACUACGAGAGAAUACGACCAAAAUGGGCUCGGAUUUCAGAUCAGCUAGUGUCGGUAAUCAAGGGCAUACCACAGCGUCCGCCUGUUACGGCCACUGAAGCAGCAAAAUCAUGCCGCAAGCAAGGCAUUCAGAUUCCUUGGCCAAAGCCUCAGCCAACGAAAGAGACAAAUUACAAGUUCGACUUUCUCCCCCCUAAGCAUGUUGUGGUUUGGGGCGCAUUGGCACAGGGAUGGAGUUUGAAGAACAAGAGCCUAAUAGACGUCACUGUUCUCAUGCCUAAUGCUGCUUUGCAAGAGAAGGACUACCUGAAUCACAGAGCUUUGCACAAGGCAGCUUUUUACCUCGCUUGCAUUGCCGAUGUAAUCAAGGUUCAAUUGGCGGCAGAGUUUCAUAUGUCUUUUGCAUACAUGCACGAUGUCGAUCUCUUGCCAUUCCUCAAGCUCGUUCCUCGGGACGCCACUCUGUCGAAGUUUGCUUUCCGAAUAUCAGUUGGUCUUGCACACGGAUCAAUACCUGUGACCAAGACUUUGCCCACGAGGAACUGUCUGCGGCAAAUAACACCCGGAGGUGCCACGAAUGAAGACCAGCCUACGCCAUUUUAUAACAGCACCGUAUGCUAUGCAGCAUCCAUUUCGAGCAUCGACGAGCGUCUUCGCGCAACUGUGAAAUUGAGUCCAGCUUUCGCCGAAGCCUGCCGGAUAGGGCAGCUCUGGCUCCGCCAACGAAACUUCUCCAGUUCUGUUCUGUCCGGCGGGUUCGGUGCCCUGGAGUGGGCUUUGAUGUGCGCAUUGCUACUAGAGAAGGGCGGCCGCCAGGGACAUCCGCUGUUCUCCAAGCAAUACAGCAGUCUUCAGUUAUUCAAGGCGAUGCUACAAGUUCUGGCAGUCCGAGAUCUGCAAAAGGAUCCUAUGCUUCUCUUGGGCGCUGCAGAAUUUGAGCUUGCCGAUUUAGAUGUCCCUGCUUUCUAUGAUGGAAGCACAGGUGUCAACAUACUGUACAAGAUGAGCCCUUGGUCAUACAAGGCUCUGCAGCAUCAUGCUCGGGUAUCUUUGGCUACAGUCAACUCAAAAAGCCAGGACAGUUUUGACACGACUUUCACGUUGAAAGUUGCGAUACCGUUGUUGCAAUACGAUGAAGUCUACUCGAUCCGAAUAUCUGCAGGUCUGGUCACUAAAGGCGCAGACGAGCGUCAACUCCUACACAGACUACACACUGCUCUCGUGAGAGGCCUCAGUGACAGGGCCAGCCUGGUUGACUUCAGGUUACCGCCACAGUCGAGCUGGGCUCUUAACAAGGAUUCUUCUCGCGGCAAGGGAGACUACGACUUAGAGAUUGGACUACUCACGAACCCGGAUACAAUGUCCCGGCUUGUUGACCACGGCCCUUCAGCAGACGAGCAAGAGAAGGCAGCUGAAUUCCGCAGAUUCUGGGGUGAAAAGGCCGAACUUCGCCGGUUCAAGGAUGGCAGUAUUUCUGAGGCUCUGGUCUGGUCUCAGGGCGCUCCGGUGACCUUGCAGAUCAUUGCGUACCUCGCCAUGCUGCAUUUCAAACUACCACCCAGCUCUAUCAAAACAAAAAGGCCAUACCUGGAUUCCGCCAUCCUAAAAGACGACGAACAAUCAGCCCCAAUUAGUCCCAAGGACGCAUUCCUACUCAUCAACUCGACCUUCCAAACCCUAACGUCAACGCUCCACAACCUAGAAGGCCUCCCCUUGCCGAUUCGCUCCAUCUCACCCGCCUCCCCAGCUUUACGCUCGACCUCGACGCUGCAUCCACUGCUCCCCUCAACCACUACACCAAUCGACAUCAUCAUCCAAUUCGACUCCUCGACCCGCUGGCCCGACUCCCUCCCGGCAGUUCAACACACCAAGAUCGCCUUUCUGCUGAAACUUGCCGAACUUCUCGCUGAAAGCAAAAAGGAGCUCAUCACCCGAGUCGGACUCGAAAACAUCGCUUCCGCUACAACAGGCCACUCCAACGUCUGCUUCCUGGACAUCAUCUACCCGGCCCCGGCUCCUGGACUCUCCUCGAUCUGUUUCCGUCUGCGCAUCCACCACGACCGGGAAGCUCAUCUCCUUCAAAAUGCCCUGGCUGAUAAAUCCCUGCACGGCUCCACGCGAGACUCUCUUGUCCUUGCGCUAGCGGCGCAUAAGAGAGACUUCGAGGCGAAGACGGCGCACACACUCGCAAUGAAGAACCUCAUCACGAAAUUUCCACCACUAUGCGCGACAGUGAGGUUGUUGAAGCGAUGGAUCUCCUCACAUCUUCUGUCUACGCAUGUCCCCGAGGAAGUUCUCGAGAUCAUCGCCGCGCAAUGUUUCCUAUACCCAGCGCCAUGGGAGGUUCCCGGUUCCGCAACGACGGCGUUCCUGCGAUGUCUUCACUUCCUGUCGCGGUGGGAUUGGUCCUUCUCGCCACUGAUUGUCGACCUGUCACUCUCCCAGGAUGGCCUGGCGGACGCGCAGCGGGCGGAAAUGGAAACGCGAUUCCAAGCGUGGAGGAAGCUUGAUCCCAACAUGAACACCGUGGUGUGGUUCGUUGGGAGCAACGUGGACGGCACCGGCACGGUGUGGACGGGGAAUGCAUGUCCCCCGAGAGUUGUGGCGGGACGGGUGACUGCGCUGGCGAAAGCCGCAAUGACCAUGAUCGAGGGGAAAUGGUUGGAGGACGAGACCUCGUGGAAGGGCCUUUUUGUCGGGAAGUUGGCCGAUUACGAUUUCGUCAUCCAUCUGAAGAGUUCUGCGGUCACGAUGGGUGGCACGGGGAGGAAGAAGACGGGGAGCGCGGCAUUGGAGGGGAUGGACGCUGCUAAUGGAGAGUUCAAGAAUCUACAGAUCGCCCAGUCGCUCGAUGUCAAUUCGAUCGGGCACAAUGCCGUGGAACUGUACCUGCGCGACUUGAACCACGCGUUUGGCUCGUCGGCGCUGUUCUUUUACGAUAGCAAUGGCGGCAAAGUGAUUGCCGGGUUGUGGAGGCCUAGUGUGCUUGGGCGGAAGGCGUGGCGGGUCAGACUUGGUUGGUCGAGCGUACCUCUACCUGCGGUUGCUGAGGAGGAUGGUGACGAACCCAAGGAUAUCUGCGUUUUCAACAAGGAAGCGGUCGUGGCGGAGAUGGUCAUGUUGGGAGAGGGGCUGGUCAAGGAGGUCAAGGUGAAGGAGUGA